GUAGCAGCAGUUGAGCGAACAGUGUCGCGGUGUGCAGAUUCCAAAUACGUAACAGAUGUCAUAACAAUUGAAAAAAAAACCGCGACGCUCAUUUAAACUAUAUUUAAAAACACAAACUUUCGUUUUAUAUUUUCGAUUGUUCAAAAAUGUUUGUUUUAGAUUUACCUUGAAUUUUAGUGCCACAUUAUUCGAGAGUUCUGCGGCAUUUUGUGAUACAUGUGACUUAAACCAAUAAUAUUCUUGGAGUAAUUACCAUAAUGGAGGAAGCUUCACAUGUUCAAAAGAAAUUGAAGUACCCGAAGGCAGUCUUCUUCAUCAUCAGCAAUGAAUUCUGCGAAAGGUUCGCUUACUAUGGAAUGCGAACGGUUUUGGUUCUCUACCUCCAUGACAUUCUUCUGUAUUCUGAAAACACAUCUACAGUGAUAUACCAUACCUUCGCAAUGUUGGCAUAUUUAACACCCAUUUUCGGAGCCAUGUUGGCUGAUUCAGUUCUUGGAAAAUUCAAAACGAUUUUUUACAUCAGUAUUGUUUACGCCGUGGGGCAACUUAUGCUCGCUGCGAGCGCUACACCCUGGCUCAAUUUUGGACCAAGAGAAUUCGCGAUACUUGGGUUAAUAUUAGUGGCAAUAGGAACAGGUGGAAUAAAACCAUGUGUGUCUGCUUUUGGAGGUGACCAAUUUAUCCUGCCACAACAAGCUGCAGCUUUAUCUACCUUUUUUUCGCUUUUUUAUUUUGCUAUCAAUUCCGGUUCUUUAAUCUCCACUUACAUAACGCCGAUAUUUAGAGAAGAUAUUACAUGUUUUGGAGAAAAGACAUGUUUCUCCCUGGCCUUUUUCGUUCCUGCUGCUUUAAUGACAUUGUCACUAGUAAUCUUCCUUCUUGGCAAACCCCUAUACAAGAUUAGAGAACCUGAAGGCAAUGUGGUAUUGAAUGCCUCCAGAUGUAUUACAUACUCCAUACAGAAGAAAAUUGCUACUUCAAAAAAGAAUAAAAGAGAGCACUGGUUGGAUUAUGCGGAUGAUAAGUACAGCCCAAAAAUGAUUGAGGAUAUGAAAGCAACCAUGAGAGUGCUGAAACUCUUUUUGCCUUUGCCAUUUUUUUGGGCACUUUUUGAUCAACAAGGAUCCAGGUGGACCUUUCAAGCUGUGAAUAUGAAUGGCGAACUUGGUUGGUUAACAUUAAAACCUGAUCAAAUGCAGAUUAUGAAUCCAUUUCUCAUUCUUGUUUUUAUUCCUCUCUUCAAUGGAUGCCUAUAUCCUCUCUUCAACAAGUUGCGCAUCAUCAACACGCCACUGAAGAAACUGACUUUUGGGGGACUGUUAGCAGCUUUUUCGUUUCUCAUAUCUGCUCUAGUCGAAUUUCAAAUUGAGAAAACAUAUGCAGUGGUUCCUAUUGCUGGUUCGGCACAAUUAAGGAUAUUUAAUACUUUGAAUUGCACUGUGCCAAUUACAGUUCAAAAUGAAACAACCGAGAUCAAAGCACUGGAUUUUUGGGAGAAUAAAGACAUUACAGCAAAGGGAUCUGUCGAAUUAAAUUUCACAGCCAAUUUCGCAUCUUGUCAUAAAGAUAAAUAUUCUAUUGAAUCAGGCGAUACAAGAGGUAAGAUCAGAGUGACCGAAGCUGAAGCGACAUCUUGGGUGAUUACAAGAACGGGCCUGGAUUUUAGUUACACUGACUCAGUAAAAAAAGCCAAGGACAAGGAUUUCCGACUUCGAGGACUUGUAUCACUUCAAGACACUGAAAGUGGGACAUUAAAAUUAGUUCAAGAUGUUACAACUAAAGCAAAAUUUAUUCUAACAAAAAACUUAAGUCUGACAAAUUUAGAAGAAUUUAGUGCUGGAACUUUCGAUAUAUAUUUGAAUGAAACACGUGUUUUACAAUCAGUGAAUUUCAAAAAAGGUGGCGUUUACACAAUAGUCGGUUAUCUUUCGAAUACUAUAAAGGUGGCUAAAGUGAUAACCAUAACGCCAGAUAAUUGGGUCCAUAUGCUGUGGUUACUUCCUCAAUAUAUAGUCAUCACCAUGGGAGAGGUCAUGUUCUCGGUGACAGGAUUAGAAUUUGCUUUCACCCAAGCACCAACGAGUAUGAAGUCAUUAUUACAAGCUGCAUGGCUACUGACAGUAGCAUUUGGAAAUCUUAUUGUAAUUAUCAUUGCAGAGACUUCUUUGAUGAAACAGUCGUACGAAUUUUUACUUUUCUGUGGCUUGAUGGUCAUCGAUAUGUUGAUCUUUGCUUUGAUGGCUAAAUUUUACAAAUACGUUGAAGAACCUGAUAAGGAAACUGAAGGUAAUGAUAUCCCCAUGCAUCAAAAAAUUGGAUCCGUGAACUCAUCAUUUGUGGACGACAGUGGGAACAAAACUGAACGGUGAUACAAUAAUACACUCAAAACGCAGAAUUACAAGAAGAACAUCUGACACAUACUCCGCAUCACGAGAUUCAUUGCAAACAUCGAAACAUCUAUAGGAAUUCAAUGUUCCUAAAUACAUACGCUUCUGUAAAUACGUAUACUACUCUAUUGUCCUCACAUAGUUUUAGAUCGUUAUUUUUUUACUUUCUACUAUUUUCAGUCAAUGAAGAUAAGAAAAAUAUAAUACUACAUACAGUCCACCUAGAAAUAGAGAUUCAUUAACCUUUAACUAUUUUCCAGGGUGGUCAAAACACUGAUAAAAAAUUCACUAAUUAUUCUAAAAGACUUAUUAGGGAAAGUAGGAAAAUUGUAUAGUUUCACUUUUUCUCCUCGCUUUUAGAUGAAACCUAAAAUAAUUUUGCAAAUAAAUAGAAAAAAUGCAGAGAUGGAAAAUUUCUUAGGGAUUCUGCUUAAGUGAAGAUUGAAGAACACGAGUUAUAGGAACAUACUAUGUAUUUUAUAAAGUAGAAAUUUACGAUCGAUACAAGAGCUUGGAGUUUAGAUUAAUGUGAAGAGUUCCAUAAAAUAUUUUUUUUAUUUUGAAUCAAACUAUUAAAUGUAAUAUUGAUAUAUCAAAUUAUCGGUUUUGAACUCUUUUUAGUGGUUAUGGAAUUCAAUGCCAAAAUUUAAUUCAAAUUAAAGACUUUUAAUUCGGAAAGACUGAAUAUUGGACGCAUAUAAUUUUCAGUGAAACCAAAGUUGAAGGAUUACGUUUCCAAUAUAUUGACAAAAUUAAAAUCGGAUAUUUCAUAUUUUUAGAAUUUUCAAAAAUCUCAGCUCUUUACAACUUUAAAAUGACUGGUUUAGUUCAAAAUGCGGGAGAUUCUGCAACGUUCAAAUUUGGGAGAAUAUUGGCCUACAAUUUUGGAAAGAAAGUCGAGAAAUUAAAAUUUUCAGUAAUUUCAAACUAUUCAGUAUGUGAUUUAUAUAUUUGUUAAAUCUAUAGUAUUAUUAUACCAUUAAGCCAUUUUCCGUUUCGGGGUAGGCGUGACUCACUUGGGGAGAAAGGGAGUAAUGUGGGGGAGGGAAUAUAGAAUUUUAAAUUGUUCUAGAACUCCUGUGUUAUUUAUUUAAAUAUGAUUAUACCACACCAAACUCUCGCUUUCCGUCGCCCAGUUCUCAGCCUUCCUAGAACUGUUGGCCCGCGCAGUUUCUCAGGGGAGUGGGGCGAGAGCGGUUGCGACAUUAUAUAUAUUGAUAUAUAUUCCAAUUGGAAACGAGUCAGGCGGCCCUCGCUGUUUACGUGUCUGUCCUCCCGAAAUCAGUCCAAGGCCAUUUGAAGGCAACCCCCGACACUUGACUGAAAGAGAGAUUUGGUGUAUAAUAUUAUAUAAUAUUUAAUAUAUGAAAUAUAAUGUAUAAUG